GCCAACAUGAAACUCUCCAAAGUCGCAUUGAUUGGCCUCCUAUUUGUCGUUGCCCGUGUACAAGCUCAAGACCCCCUUCCUGCAUCGAAUGACACGCCCGUAGUUCAAAUCAACGACAUCAACUCGUUUGAAACUACAUUAGACAACAUCGAUAAACCUACGCAAGGUGAAGUUGCUGCGGCGGCUGCUGUGGACGCCGGCGCUACGGAGUACCAAGCGGCCGAAAUCGCCGAUGCCAUCGACAACGAAGGCGCCUCGGCUGCGUCCGCGUCCAUCGAUGCCGGUUUGACCAACUCGCAAGCUGCCGAAGUGAUCACGGAAGUGGUGACUGCGUCCGAAGACAUCCCCUCGCAAGGCGAAGUGGCUGCUGACGCCGCCGCGGACGUUGGUGCCACCGAUGCCCAAGUCGAAGAAAUCAAGGAUGCCAUCGACAGCGGUGCGUCUGCUGCCUCGGCUGCGUUGGACGCCGGCCUGUCGGACGCCCAAACGGCCGAAGUGAUUGACCAAGUGACGACCGCCUCGGACGAAAUUGCGGACCCCGCCGACGUGGCCGCGGCGGCUGCCCAAGCGGCCGAAAUCGCCGAUGCCAUCGACAACGAAGGCGCCUCGGCUGCGUCCGCGUCCAUCGAUGCCGGUUUGACCAACUCGCAAGCUGCCGAAGUGAUCACGGAAGUGGUGACUGCGGUCGCUGCGUCAGUGGACGCCGGUGCCUCUCCUUCGGAUGCUGCGGCGGACGCUGGUCUGUCAUCGUCGGCUGUCGCUGCAGUGGAUGAUAUUGUGGACAAGUCGUCCGUGCUACCUUGCACGACGACCCCAACUCCUACUGCUCGACUUCGAGGUGCCUGUACUAGUUCUAGCUUUGCUGCGUAA